CAUUCUUUAUCUAUUUCAGAAACAUAUGAUGUCUAUUCAAGUUUUGUGAUAGCUACAACAUUUCUGUUCAUCGGGCAUUUCUCUGUAUUAGUUCGGAUUCGGAAUUUUAAUUCUCUGCUGUGUUUUGUUACUUUAAAACUUCAACUUUCUAUAAUAUAUUUUGUAAAAUUCAGUUAAACGUUUUUCUCUGUAGGUUGGAUCAUAAGCAUUGCCAAAAAUGACGUCAGACAAUGAAACUGAGAUUUACUGGUUAGGAAUAGAGAAAGAAAUUAGAAUUUUCUUUGGAGAGUAUUACCGAAUACAUGCUUAUAUUUCAACAGUCCUGAGUGUGUUUGGGAUUAUUGGUAAUGUUCUAAACGUGUUCAUUUUGACAAGGAAAAAAAUGAUCUCAACAACGAAUAUUUUACUGACCGCCCUGGCAGUGUCUGACGGUCUGAAGUCAUUAGUUCAUAUUCCAUUUAUUAUAUUAAACUAUGAUUUAUUUGUCAAGACGCCUCAUCCUUUUAGUAUUUCUAGCUAUUCAAAGUUCUAUUCUACUGUAGUCGUUAUUUUCCAUAGUGCAUCUAUUUGGCUGACUGUUUCGUUGGCGAUUUUUAGAUACAUCGCCGUCAGGUUUCCAUUAAGAGCUACCACCUUGUGUAGCCAAAAAAGAGCUAAACUGACUAUCUUUGUUGUUUGUCUUUUGAUUACUGUUGUUCGUAUUCCUAAUUUUCUGGAUUAUACAUAUGUCUAUCCUGUUUAUAAUAAUGUGUCCCACUGGGAUAUACGUGACAGAGUGGAAGAAUACGAUUUUAAUCAAAGGUUUACCAUCUGGUUUUCAGCCCUGUUUGUCAGACUUCUUCCAUGUUUAUUGCUUUUAGUUUUAAGUAUUUUACUAAUCCAAGAGCUUCGAAGAGCAUCGGAAAGUAGGUCAAAUUUAAGUGGUCAAGGCACCAUCCAAAAACAAAUGAAGACCAACAGGACCACUGGAAUGUUGCUGGUCGUGGUGGUACUAUUUAUUGUGAUUGAGUUGCCGCAUGGAAUUCUUCUGCUACUUGUUGCGAUCCACAGCAACUUUUUUGACUCCGUAUAUUUUCCGUUAGGAGCUUUGAUCAACGACAUCACUUUGCUGAACAAUGGAAUUAACUUUGUCAUCUACUGCACAAUGAGCCAAAAAUUUAGAGAUACUUUCAUGGAAAUGUUCUCCUGUUGCGAUUGGAAGUCUAAAUGCCUACACAAUACUACGUAACAUUUGAACGGUUUUUAAAAGAGGCUUGCAGUGCUGGGU